AUGCAAUUAUCUAGAAUAUGGAACGGAGUUUUGGCAUCUUUGAUGUUUGGAUCAGAUUCAGGGGAUAAAUUGACUGGGCUUGGUUUGAAUGAGGAUGCUGGUUCUGUUAAUGUCUUACAAACGUUCAAUAAUGUUGUAAGUGAAAAUGAAGAUUUUGGGAGAAGGAGACCCUUGGUAAUCUGGCAUGGGCUUGGUGAUAACUAUAAUUCUAGUGGAAUCUUACGUGUGACUGAAAUUAUGAAUCAAAUUUAUCCCGAUUUAGCAAUAUACAUUGUGAAACUUAACCCGGAUCCAUCGAAGGAUCAGCAUAAGACUUUAUUCGGAGAUGCCAAAAAAGAGGUUGAGCAAGUAUGUGAACUGAUAGGCAAAAGACCAGAGUUGGACGCGGGGUUCGAUGCUAUUGGUUUUUCUCAAGGUGGUCUUUUUAUGAGAGCUUUAACGGAAACUUGUAAGCGAGCCAAAGUCAAAAACCUUAUUACGUUUGGAUCACCGCAUAUGGGGGUAAUGGAUCUUCCAUUAUGUAGAGAUGAAAAAGAUUGGGUCUGCCGCAGGCGCAAUGAGCUUCUUAAGCGACAAGUGUGGAAUGAGAAAAUUCAAAAGACCAUAGUUCCGGCUCAAUAUUUCCGUGAUCCUUAUCAGUUUGAUAAUUAUGUUCUAAAAUCCCAUUUUUUGGCAGAGAUUAAUAAUGAACGUGCUGAUGAAUUCAAUCCUGAUUUUGGUGACAGGCUCAAAGAUAUAGAAAAAUUUGUAAUGGUAACGUUCACGCAAGACACUACUUUGGUUCCUAAGGGUAGCGCUGCCUUCAAUGAUAUCGAUGUAAAUACAGGCGAUUUAAUUCCGUUUGAUAAAACUGUUUUAUAUGAGAAGAAUUUGAUCGGUCUAAGAGAUCUUAAUGAACUUAAAAAAUUGGAAUUUCUUUCCAUAGAAGAGGAUCAUAUGAGAAUUCCUGAUACUUUUUUGGUAGAUAUUGCUAAUGAAUAUAUUGGCAGAGAGAAUUAG